AUGUUCGUCAGACUCAGUAGAAAACUGGAUGAAUUUGAUGAGAGAAUCACCAAAAGCCUAGCAUGUGCCCACCCGGCUGCAAGUGUGCCCCAGAGGAAGGUCACCUCCUCGUCAGGGGCGGGGAAGGAGGAGCCCAAGAGGAGACCUGGGAGGCUGUCAACUAAGCCUACUCCUGCCAAAGUGGAAACAAAGCCAAAGAAGGCAACAGGAAAGGCUGAAUCUUCAGAUAGAAAAGUGCAAACAAAAGGGGGAAAGGGAGCACAGGGAAAACAGGUGGAAAUGGCCACCCAAGAGACUAAAGAUUUACCUGCAUCAAAUGAAGAGGCUGGAAACAAGGAGAGCCCAGCCUCUGAUGGAGCAGGAAAGAAAGAAGUUAUGUGUGAGUAA